AUGACUCCAAAUAUCUCACAACGACAUCGUUCCCAUGGAACUCGUUAUCAGAAGAAAUCUUUGUAUCUACGCUCGGCAAAUGAAUACGUCGUUGGAUGGUAUGGGACUUCGGAUCUUCCGAGCGCCAGAUAUCGCCAACCGGCACAGGUCGAUAUUGAUCGAGAAGAAGCAUUCCAAUUCUUGAAUAAGGAGAUUGCAGUGUAUAUUGAUGCGCAUACUGUUGAGGACAUGGACUUGGGUUAUAUCGGUCGUUACUUAUACCGUGCAUGGCUGCAUUUGCACAAAGGACGUCCGCCAUUCCAACGUGGAGGCUUUCUUGCAAAGCCGCUUCGAAUUUCCAGGAAGCACACUGCAUCUUUAGAUGCGCUAUCCUCAUUUCACAGGGACCUGACAAGUACACUCUCUGUACAUCUUGAUGACCUUGUCCAUUUUGAACAAGGCAGAGAUCACUCGACUUUUGCUUCUCAGUCAGUCAACCCAUCAGUUCAAACUCUCAAGAAUCAUGGCUAUCUAAUGCGACCGCUCUUCUGUGCAAUCUAUAUGGUCGUGGACAACCAGAGUCUAGCUGGCUACACCAACCCCCCUCGAGUUCCAGAACGCGUGAAUGGAGAUUGGAUGGCGCUUCGCAGCCAGUUUCGCGCCAACCAGGUCUCAGGCCAUACUGUUCUACUAGUCAAAACAGGCGACGAUUCCCACCUUUCCACUCCGAUUAGCUUCUUGCCUCUCUUCGACGCUGGUCUGGCGCUUAACGUCAACCGUGAAGAUUACCAGGAUGGGGAAGAAUCUGAGGUCGUACGGGUCAAGAUAGAUGAUGCCAUUUCGUUUAUCUGGGAUCUUACUACGAAGGAGAUGAAUUGCAACAAGGAUAAUCUUGACUUGGCUGAGAGUCUGAGACAAGAACAGGAUAUGCACCGUAAAGCUUGGGUCAGCAAGGUCGUGGAGCAUGCCCAAGAGGUUGGGAUUGACACCAAUGGCUAUUCUUGGCAAGCUAUUCGGCGAGCUCUGGCGAGGGCUAAUAAUGAAGCAUUUGACGAAGAUCAGGUUGAUCCAUAUUGGGAGACGAUGAUCUGGACAAUUUUAGCACUUCAACAAAUCCCAUCCAGCAUUAGUACCCUCCAGAUCUUCGCCAUGAUUUUCACCUCCCGAUAUGAUAUUCCCAUUCCUGAUGUGGACCUCCUCACUUACAUAUUCGAUUUAUGGUCGGAGGAGUCACAACAAGCUUCUUCAGACAAGCCUGUAUAUGUAGAGGCUCAUGACUCGACUAAGCAACUUAACAAAGCACAGCUUAAGCACAUGGUUGAAUCCAUAGCUGCUGGAUUGCGGCACACGUUCAAAGUACGAGACGGCGAUGUCAUCUUGGGGUUUUGCGAAAAUUCCAUUCUCUACCCAGCAGUAAUUCUUGCAUCAAUUGCCUCUGGGGGAGUCUUCACUGGAGCUAAUCCGACAUAUACAUACUCCGAACUGGUCAAUCAGCUCACGGUUUCGGGCGCCAAAUGCAUCGUCACCGAUAGCCCCCGACUCGAGAUGGCCGAGAAAGCUGCAAAGGCUGCAGGCUUACCACCAAAUUCCUUGGUCCUCAUCGACUCCAAGGGCAGCAGCUCAGUCCAUGGGGUUUCAUCCUUCCAAAGUCUUCUGGGUCACGGAACUUACUCUUGGGAGAGGAUUUCAGACCCCAAAGUUCUUGCUAAUAAACUAGCAGUCCUCAACUUCAGCAGUGGCACAACCGGUCUCCCGAAAGCGUGUGAGAUCACCCAUCGCAACUUGGUCGCCAACGCGGAGCAGAAUCUACAUCUUGACCGCGUGGCGAGGAAGCGCAAGAAUGACCCAACCUUUGCAGCCAACGAUGUUCACUGCGCCUUUCUCCCAUUUUACCAUGCCAUGGGCCUUAUCACCUUUUGCAUCUUGAACGUAAAGCGAUGCUGCACAACUGUCGUAAUGCCCAAGUUUGAUCUGAAGUCAUUCCUCAGCACGAUCCAGAAGUUCAAAGUAACUUACCUAAUCUUCGCGCCACCAGUAGUAUCCAUGCUCGUCAAGAGUCCUCUUGUUUCUCAGUACGAUCUCUCUAGUGUCAAGUUCCUUGUCUGUGGAGCAGCACCACUCCAAGCCGAUGUCGAAAAGCGACUUGAGGCACUCUUCAGCAAAACCGGCGCUCGCAGCCGUCAAGGAUGGGGCAUGAGUGAGGCUACUAUGUCGAUUUCCAUCUUUGGGCCUGAUGAGUUUGAUCCCUCUCAUGGAAGCGUUGGAUACUUGGUGGCCAAUAUGCAGCUUCAAAUCAUUGAUGAGAAUGGCAAGGCUGUUGGUUAUGAUGAGGAGGGUGAGGCUAUACUUGCCGGACCCAAUGUGUUUAAGGGUUACUACAAGAACCCUGCUGCUACCAAGGAGACUUUCACUGAUGAUGGAUGGCUCAAGACUGGGGACAUUGUCAAGGUUGAUAAGACUGGGCUGAUUACUAUCGUUGAUCGCAAAAAGGAACUCAUCAAGGUCAAGGGAUUCCAGGUCGCACCAUCAGAACUAGAAGGCCAUCUUUUGGAACACGACGGUGUCCAAGACUGCGCAGUCAUUCGAGUUCUACGAGACGGACAUGAACAUCCUCAGGCUCAUAUCGUGCGAAAGAAGCCAGAUGCAACAGCCGAGUCCAUCCUCUCAUUCAUGGACAAGCGUCUCUCGCCCAUUAAACGAAUCACAGGUGGCAUUGUCUUCACCGACGCCAUUCCAAAAUCCCCGUCUGGCAAGAUUCUUCGACGCUUGAUCAAAGAUGGCUUCGCUAGCAAGGACCCUAGUCCUCGUCUAUGA